AUGACGGUUUUUUGUCUUGAUAUUUUACUACAUGGAAUUAUUCCGGCAAUAACUGGUGGUUUUUAUUAUGAUCUAUAUACUACACCAUUGGCUAAUACUGUACAUAUUUAUUUAUGGAUCUGUUUUAUGAUACUUCCACUUCUCUUAUAUCUCUUUACACCAAUCAAUCUAUUAUCGUUUUAUAUUUAUCCAUUAAUAAUAGGAAUAUUAUUUUCUAUUAUCAAAUUCCUUAAUUAUCGUUUACAUAAAUUUUUUGAUUUGGCUGUAAGAUGUGAUGAUACAAUUGUUAAUAAUGAAAAGACUACAACAAGUAUCAAUGACGACAUUGAAGAAGCACAUAAAUUUCUCAAUCAUCGUACAACAAUUGAUGCUCCUUUAUCAGAAACACAACCAUUAUGGAUUGAUUCUUUAUAUGGUAGUAAUAAUAGCAAUUUACCAUCUAUGUAUGAUGAAUCAUGUACUCAUGUACGACGAUCAAAUGUGACAACAACAAAUGAUUGUCAUACAUCAACAUUAGUUUCUUCACCAGUGGCUCUUACACAAAAAUCUAACGAUCAAAUAAAUGAAAUACCAAAAUAUUCUUUAACAAAUGUUAUUUUACAAGGACCUAGUCUACAAGAUACAUGUGUAUCAGAUUCAAAAUUAUGUAAAAACCAUGAACUAAAGCCAAUAAUAAAAGUUUAUCGAGCAAAAAAUGCUAUUCGUCGUGUACAAUCAGAUUUUAGUAUUAUAUUAAAUCAUAAUGAUUUAAUACAAUCAAAUAUAACUGAAUUAUCUUCAAUAAAUGAUAGUAACCGUUUAAAUAAAAAAUCAAAAUCUAUGGAAAAUAAUCUUAAUAAAAUUCGAACAAUUAAUAAUCAAGAAAAUUCAUCAGUUAAGGAAAAAAGUGAACCAAUUCUUGAAAAUAAAUCGGAACCUCAAGCUGAAGCAUGUUCAGCCGUCGAUGUUCCAAUAGAUGAUUGGCGUCCAAUUUUACAAAUUCUUGAAAAUGUUUUUGCUGAUGAUGAUGAAACAUCUGAUAUGAUUACUGAACAACCUGAAUCACUUGAACCAUUAUUACCAAAAAAAAAAUCUUAUUCCAAUGAUCAUCGAUAUUCAUCAAAAUUAAAUGAACAACAAAAUGAUAAUCAAGAUGAAUCAAAUGUUCCAACUCGUUUUCAUCGUACACAUUCAAGUCAAGGUCGACGAAGACGUCGAACAUCACGUCGCGCAACAUCUGUUGAUCAACGUCAACUAUAUUUUAACGGUGAACAUACUUCAAAUCAUCAUCUUUCAUCAUCAUCAUCAUAUCGACGAUCAGCUUGUCUUAUUAAAGAAACUUGUUUCGAUGAACGAACAUCAAAUUAUGACUCUUUACGUGAUGAAACUAGUCUACGUGAUGAUUCAUUAACAACAACACCAUCCGAAGAAUCAUCACAAUUAUUAGUACGUACAACUGAACGACCUCGUUGGAUUCCUGUUUAUCGACAAAAUCACUAUGAUCAAGAUUCAUCAUCACAAAUUAUUGAUGAAGUCGAAUGGCACAAUGAAACAAGUCCAGGAACUGUACAUUAUUUUCGUGAUGAAAAUGGAAAACUUUUUUCUUAUGUUUUUGGUGAUACAUCAUGUCAAGCACGUAUGGAAACAUCAGAUCCAAAACCGUUAAGUGAUACAAUCACACGAAGUUUUAGUGAUGAAACUGAAGCAACUGUUGAACAAAUACCAAGAGGACAAAUAACACCUUCACAAACUCCAUCAACAACUGUUCAACAAAGUCAUGAAUCUUGUUCAUUUUUUAGUAGUCGCCGUCGUCGUCAUCAUCAUCAUCGACAACCACAUCGAUCACGACGAUAUGAAGGUUUUAAUCGUAAUACAGCAAUAAGUCGUGCAAUAUAUUUUUGUUUAUUUUCAAGUUUAUUAUUAAUAAUAUAUAAAUUAAAAAUGUAUUCAUGGCAUUUUAUAUUAUUUGGAAUAACAUUUUCAAAUAUAACUAUAUGUUAUAUGAUCUAUAAUAUUCUAUCAAUAAUAUUAUUAUGUUUACCGAUAUUAUUUCUAUUUGGUUUAUUACCACAAUGUUCAACAUUUUUUCUUUGUAUACUUGAAAAUUUUGAUAUGCAUUUAUUUGGUGGUACAGCUAUGAUUAAUAUACCUGGAGCUUUAUAUAGUUUUAUAUUAUCAAUAAUUAAUUUUAUUCUUCUAUCAAUUAUUGGAUAUUAUGGAUUGUUAAUUGAUACAUCAAAAGAUCAUAUGCAAAAUAUAUUAUUUUCAAUAUAUUGUGGUUUUACAGUUAGUAUUUGUUAUAAAUUAAGUCGUGGUUCAAGUAAUCCAAAUGUUUUGUGGCAUAUAAUUAAAUAUGAUUUAUUAAAAAUAAAACGAGUAUUAAUUCAAAAUGAAGAUAUACAAGAUCCAUUGCCAGAUAAAUUAAAAACAAUUGUAAAACAACGUAUACAGUCAGAUAUUCUUCUUUGUUUUCUUAUAUUUAUUCUUGUUUUUGCUGCACAUGCUUCAACAACAUUUACAAGUCUUCAACCAAUACUUAAUUAUAUAAUAUGUUCAAUAGUUAUUGUUCUGGGUAUUUUAUUUCAUUAUAUACUACCACAACUUCGAAAACAAUUACCAUGGUUAUUAUUUAGUGAACCACUUAUUAAACAAGCAGAUUAUGCAUUAUUUGAACCAACAGAAGCAACAAGAGUUUUAUUUAUCGAAAAAUUAUUUGUGUGGAUUGUUUUUAUUGAAAAAAAUAUUCUUUUACCAUGUACAUAUCUUGGCGCACUUUCACAUUCGGCACCAAUUGUUAUUAAUAAGUUUGGUCUAUUACCAUCAAUAUUAAUUUUAACAUUAUGUUCAAUGAAAAUGCUUCGUAUUGGUUAUUGUAAUGCUUCAAGACAUUUUCUAUAUGUACUAUUAACAACCAUAAUGACGUAUGUAAUGACGUCAAACUGUUCGGAAACAUUUCUACUUAAUUAUUUUAUUUUAUCAAUAUUAACUGAAAAAUUGAUUGAUUUUAAAGAAAAGUUAAACUUUAUUUUUGUCUAUUGUGCUCCAUGGCAAAUAUCAUGGGGUUCUGCAUUUCAUGCUAUUGCUCAACCAUUUUGUAUACCACAUUCAGCUAUUCUUGUUGUUCAAUGUUUGAUAUCAGCUUUAUUAAAUUCUCCAUUAAUGCCAUUAUUAGGUAGUGCUGCAUUUAUAUCAUCUUAUCCUCGUCCAAUUAAAUUUUGGGAAAAAAAUUAUAAUACAAAACGUAUUGACAAUACAAAUGUUCAAUUGCAAGCACAAAUCAAUGAAUUUCAUUGUGGUCUUGAUGAUAAUAAUUUAAAUGCCAUUUUUUAUGAACAUUUAACACGUGUUUUACAAACUUCACUUUGUGGAGAAAUUCAACUUGGACGUCUUGGUAAAGUUAAUACGGGCGAUUUUUUUAUAUUAACAAGUGACAGUUUAAAUUGUAUGAUUCAUCUUAUUGAAAUUGGUAAUGGUUUUAUAACAUUUCAACUUCGUGGUUUAGAAUUUAAAGGUACAUAUUGUCAACAACGUGAAGUUGAAGCAAUAACAGAAGAUAUAGAUAAAAAUCGUGGUCUAUGUUGUUGUGAAGCUGGUCGUUUUCCUCAUAUGCUUUCACUUAAUGCUGCAUUUACACAACGAUGGCUUGCUUGGGAAGUUAUUUGUCUAAAAUUUGUUGUUGAUGGUUAUAGUAUAAAAGAGAAUAAAUUUAAUGAAACUGUUGUUGGUUAUGAUUUACGUAAACGACUUAUAUCAUUAAUGAUUAAAGCAGUUAUUUUUUAUGCUAUUCGUUCAGAUCAACUUGUUAAUUGGCUUGAAAAUGAACAAAUUCGACAAGCAAUGAUUCAAUUUAUGGAUCCUGAUCAAGUUGAUGUUGAUCCAUCAUUUACAACUUUAUUUGAUGAUGAUUUUAAAGUUGGUGCUGGUGGUGUAACAAAAAAAACUUUUACAUUUGUUUAUGGAUCAUGGAUUAAUUUAUGCAAUAAUAAAAGACAAAUACCUUUAUCAUCAUUACAAGAAGAUGAUUUAAUAACAUUUUGUUUUAUUCUUUCAUUACUGGCACGUCGAACUUUAUUUAGUUCAUUACCUUCACAUCAUACAGUUUUACUUGAAAUUUAUCAUGAGAAUUUUGUUCAUGGAUUUUAUUCAUUAUUUAAAGGUGAUUUUCGUCUGGCACAUAAAGAUGAAUGGGCAUUUGCUGAUAUGUCCUUAUUAAAAAAUGUGGUUGCACAAGGUGUUCGAAUGUCAUUAAAACUUAAUCAAGAUUCGUUUCUUGAAAUGUCGGAAUAUCUUGAUAAUGAAAAAUUAUAUGAUGACAUUGCUCAAAAUGAUGCUAAUCUUGUAAUAACUCAUGAAGCAUCACCUGAAUGGCGAAAUGCAAUUUUAUCUAAUAAACCAUCAUUAUUAGCAUUAAGACGAGCUCUUGUUGAAAGUAUUGACGAAUAUCGAAUAGUUAUGUUAGAUCGUCGUCAUUUAUCAUUUCGUAUUGUUAAAGUUUCUAAAGAAUGUGUACGAGGUUUUUGGGCAUCACAACAACAUGAAUUAAUAUUUUUACGUAAUCGUAAUCCUGAACGUGGUUCAAUUCAGAAUGCUAAACAAGUUCUCCGAAAUAUGAUUAAUUCAUCAUCAGAUCAACCGAUUGGUUAUCCAAUAUUUGUAUCACCUUUAAUAACAUCUUAUUCAUCAACAAGUAAACCAAUAAAUGAUAUUAUUGGUGGUGAACUUGCAUGGGAUUUAAUUAAACAAAAAUUAUCAACAUUUUUUCAACGAGCUUAUACAUUUUUUCUAUCUCAUUGUUUUGGAAAUGCAUCAGGUACAAGUGAAGCUAUACAACUUGCUGAACGACGUACAAUGUCAUUAGGAACAACAACACAUGUUCAACAAUCAUCAUUUAGUGUACCAGUUAGUUCAACUCUGGUUGAUCAAAUUCGUUCAUUAUCGGUUCAACAAAAUAUAAAUACAAAUAAUAAUAAUGAAAUGAUUGUUAAUAUUAAUUCCAGUGAUAACAAUAAUAAUAAUAAUAAUAAAAAGACCCUUCAAUCUGAUCAACAAACAUCUGUCCUUGUUAAACGUACAUCAGAUAGUUUAGUUACAACAACUACAACCAUAACAACUGUAACAAAUGAUGAACCAAUUCGACGACGUUCAUCAUUAACAACAGAAUUUAAUACACGUGAUCGAAGUAAUCGAAAAAAUUCUAAUACAAUGAAUAGUAGUUUAUCAACAACAAUCUAUUCAAAUAAAGAUCUGUGUACAAGUAGUAAUACUCAAAUUAAUAAAUCUAUGAUUACAUAUUCAACAAAUGGAAAUUCAAAUGAAAAAGUUAUUAUUAUUGAUACUACAGCUAUUUAUGAUUCGAUCAAUUUGGGUCGUCGAAUAGAUGUUAUUUGGCCAAAUGAACAAAUGAGAUUGAAUGGUGGUCGUAACGUUUGGUCUGGUUGGAUGCCAAGUGUAGGCAUGACUGGUCUUGUUGUUCAUCGUUGGAUACCAAGACAUCGUGAUGCCCGACAACGAUCUCAUAUUGAUAAAUGUAUAUUACUUGUUCAUAUAGAUAAAUAUGAUAAAUUUGUGCCCAUUGCCGAACAUGGUGUACGAUUUAUUGGAGAAUCAACUUAUCUUUAG